AUGCCCCUUUACCACGCAAAGCCACCAGUUGAACCCCAACAUGUCGAACGGAAAGCCCUCUACACCGAUCUCCAAGCCCGCGUGCACUAUCUGCAGAAGUUCCUAGAGUUCAGCGCCGACGAUGUCGCCGCUCUGAACCAAGGGUCCAAAUAUAUCAAGGCGCUGGCGCCUGUCCUGAUCGACCGGGUCUACGUCAAGCUCCUGGAGAAUGAUAUCACGGCGCGGGUCUUUCGCACGCGCAGCACCGCCUCCGAGGAUGAGGUUGCCGACUAUCCCACCUUCGACAGCCCGUACAUCCAGCGUCGCCGCAUGUUCCUGCGCUGGUACAUGACCAAGCUGUGCACCGACCCCACCAAGCCGGAAUUCUACGAGUACCUGAACACAGUCGGCCGAAUGCACACCGGCAAAGACCGUAUGCUCGCCUUCAACGUAGAAUAUAUCCACAUCGGCGCCUGCCUGGGCUUCAUCCAGGACAUCAUCAUCGACGGAAUUUUCAGUCACCCCCAGCUCACGCUCACCUUUAAGAUUGCGCUUGUCAGGGCGUUAAGCAAGGUGAUCUGGAUCCAGAACGACCUCUUCGCCCGUUGGCGGGUCCGUGACGGGGAGGAAUUCGAGGACAACGACGCCGAGGCCUUUCACAACAAGGAUAAGCAUACGGAGAAGGAGCAUCACCACGACGAUGCGGCCUCGUACAUGACGCGUUCGAAUACGCAGUGCUCCGAGGCGCCCAGCAUGUUCUCGGAGACGCGGUCGGUGGACACCUUCGCUACGCAGGGCACCGCCGCCACAAUGCACGCGCCAUGCUCGUCGCAUUCAUCGCACUCGGCGUGUCCGUUCUCGGGCGGGUCGCUGCAACCGUUUGAGACAAAGGUUUGGUCGGGGCUUGCACCGGAGGGUGGGCAUUAA